AUGUCUCACACCGCGAAAAAUUUAACAGAUGAUAUACUGAUCAACAUCCUCUCUCGGUUACCUACCAAAUCUCUUUGCCGGUUUCUCUGUGUUACAAAAGCAUGGCACAAUCUUAUUUCCGACACCUACUUCCAAGCUCAACGGCCGCCAACCAUGACCGGCCUCUUAUAUCAUUUCAGAGAUAAAAGCUGGAACAUUAACAAUGGAUAUAUCUCCGUACCAAGCUACAACCAUGGCUUCAUUGAUACUGUACUGAGCUUCCUUUCUUAUCCCGGGAACAUUCAAAUUCUCGACUCCUGCAACGGUUUGCUUCUUUGCCGUUUCUGGGACACACCAUAUUCAUUAUCCCCCGAUGUUUGUGUAUGCAAUCCCACGGCUCGAAGCUGGACUCUUCUUCCCAACCUGAAGCUUUCCACCUACAACUCCCUUUACCUUGCUUUCGAUCCAAACGUAUCGCCUUACUUCACUCUUGUUCGACUUCAACUUAAGCAAGAAUCUCUUUGUGUUGAGGUCGACAAAUUCUCCUCUCAAACAAAUAGUUGGACCAAGAUUCAAGUGUCGGCCAAAGAUAAUAUCCUGACGUAUUUGUAUCGCAUUGUUCACAUGGAUGGUUGUAGGAAACUAUGCAGAGUAUACUUGAAUGGCAUCAUAUAUAUGGUUGCCGGCACGAAACAUAUGGUUUGCAUUGAUCUUGAGAGCAUGGUUUGUGAUAAGGUUAUUGAGAUGCCUGAGGCUAAAUCAAUGAUGAUGAAAGAAGUCAUUGGGAAGUCUGAAGGGAGCUUGCAUUUAGCUUUGAAAGAGAAGAAGGGGAUUAAGAUAUGGAUGCUCAAGGACUAUGAGAAAAGUGAGUGGGUGUUGAAGUAUAGUAUUGGGUUGGAGCUUGUGUUUGAUCAUUUGCUGCCUUUUCAUCCAGACAUGGACAUUGUUUUCCUGAGGAUGAAAGAUAAGAUCAUGUCUUGCAAGAUGAGCAAUGGUGAAUUGAAGGAGGUUUGUGAAUUGAGCCAGAGGACUAUGCAGUGGGUUUUAGUUUUCUCUCCUUUCUUUGGUCAGGAUGUUUUGGAAAAUAAGAAUUAA